AUGGUGUCAUUCCUCCCAUGCCGUCAUUCCUCCCAUGGCGUCAUUCCUCCCAUGGCGUCAUUCCUCCCAUGGCGUCAUUCCUCCCAUGGCGUCAUUUCUCCCGUGCCGUCAUUCCUCCCGUGCCGUCAUUCCUCCCGUGCCGUCAUUUCUCCCGUGCCGUCAUUCCUCCCGUGCCGUCAUUCCUCCCGUGCCGUCAUUCCUCCCGUGCCGUCAUUCCUCCCGUGCCGUCAUUCCUCCCGUGCCGUCAUUCCUCCCAUGGCGUCAUUCCUCCCAUGGCGUCAUUCCUCCCAUGGUGUCAUUCCUCCCAUUUCUCCCGUGGCGUCAUUUCUCCCGUGGCGUCAUUUCUCCCCUGGCGUCAUUCCUCCCGUGCCGUCAUUUCCUCCCGUGCCGUCAUUCCUCCCGUGCCGUCAUUCCUCCCGUGCCGUCAUUCCUCCCGUGCCGUCAUUCCUCCCGUGCCGUCAUUCCUCCCGUGCCGGCGUCAUUUCUCCCGUGCCGUCAUUCCUCCCCGUGCCGUCAUUCCUCCCGUGCCGUCAUUCCUCCCGUGCCGUCAUUCCUCCCGUGCCGUCAUUCCUCCCGUGCCGUCAUUCCUCCCGUGCCGUCAUUCCUCCCGUGCCGUCAUUCCUCCCAUGCCGUCAUUUCUCCCAUGGCGUCAUUCCUCCCGUGCCGUCAUUCCUCCCGUGCCGUCAUUUCUCCCGUGCCGUCAUUCCUCCCGUGCCGUCAUUCCUCCCGUGCCGUCAUUCCUCCCGUGCCGUCAUUCCUCCCAUGCCGUCAUUUCUCCCAUGGCGUCAUUCCUCCCAUGCCGUCAUUUCUCCCAUGGCGUCAUUUCUCCCGUGCCGUCAUUCCUCCCGUGCCGUCAUUCCUCCCAUGGCGUCAUUCCUCCCAUGCCGUCAUUUCUCCCAUGGCGUCAUUCCUCCCGUGCCGUCAUUCCUCCCGUGCCGUCAUUCCUCCCGUGCCGUCAGUCCUCCCAUGCCGUCAUUUCUCCCAUGGCGUCAUUUCUCCCGUGCCGUCAUUCCUCCCGUGCCGUCAUUCCUCCCGUGCCGUCAUUCCUCCCAUGGCGUCAUUCCUCCCAUGCCGUCAUUUCUCCCAUGGCGUCAUUUCUCCCGUGCCGUCAUUCCUCCCGUGCCGUCAUUCCUCCCAUGGCGUCAUUCCUCCCAUGCCGUCAUUUCUCCCGUGCCGUCAUUCCUCCCGUGCCGUCAUUCCUCCCAUGGCGUCAUUCCUCCCAUGCCGUCAUUUCUCCCAUGGCGUCAUUUCUCCCGUGCCGUCAUUCCUCCCGUGCCGUCAUUCCUCCCGUGCCGUCAUUCCUCCCGUGCCGUCAUUCCUCCCAUGGCGUCAUUCCUCCCGUGCCGUCAUUCCUCCCGUGCCGUCAUUCCUCCCAUGCCGUCAUUCCUCCCAUGGCGUCAUUUUUCGCCGGAAGAAUAA